UUGUAUAAAUGAUCUUUGUGGUCGUUGUUGGUUGUGAAUGAUGUUUGAAUCAAAGCAAACUCAUCUUCGGUUCUUUGCUUUAACAAUUAUUCUUCUGUACUUGCACCCUAUAGCACUUACAGCUAAACCACUUGACCAAGAAAUAGAGUUUGAUUAUAGAGAAGGAAGCGAGAAGGGGCCACAACACUGGGGAGAGCUUAAGAAAGAAUGGACGGCAUGCAAAGAUGGAAAAUCUCAAUCACCAAUAGACUUAAUGGAGGAUGGUGCCACCAAAGUGAUCCCAACUUUUAGGGAUCUUACAAUGCACCAUAAGCCUUCUGGUGCAACUCUCAAGAAUGAAGGUCACUAUAUCGCGCUUGAAUGGGAAGGUGAUGCUGGAUCUAUCCAAAUCAACGGCACAAAUUACUUCCUCAAACAAUGUCAUUGGCACACCCCAUCCGAGCACACCAUCAAUGGCAUAAGGUAUGAUCUAGAAUUGCACAUGGUACACCGAAGUGCCGACAAGAACAGUGUAGCUGUAAUUGCCUUCCUCUACCAAGUUGGUCCUCCCAAUCCUUUUCUCUUAAAGGUGAGCAAGGAUACUGUCUGUGAUUGGUACGAAGGAGAAACACUUGGGAGUGAUUAAUCCAAGUGAAAUAAAAUGGCCUAGCUUAAGAUUUUACAGAUACGUGGGAUCACUCACAACCCCUCCCUGUACUGAAGCAGUUAUUUGGACCGUAAACGAAGGGGUAAGUAUUGUUUCAAGAAGACAACUGGAGUUACUUAAACAAGUAGUUGAUGAUUAUGCAGUGAUGAAUGCAAGGCCAUUGCAACCUACCAAUGACCGAGGUAUCAAGCUCUAUGGCUCGACAUCAUGGUUAAGUGAUGACAAAGUAUCUCAUCACACAACGAUUAAUGCUGCAUCAAGCCCUCAAGAGUCGAUCAAUGCAGCGAGUGCACAAGAGAGUAGCCACAGCCCCAAACAGGGUAACCACAGUCCCCAACAGACUGUUAGACUAUUUCCGCAAGUAAUCGCGUGUCUGUUCGUGUGUCUUCUCCACUUGGUUAUUAAUUAAGAUAUCAAAUAUUUCCUUUGUUGGUUUUUUGUGCUUUCUUAGUAGCCUUGUAAUCGCUUUGUAGUUUGUGUUGAAUUUGUGAAACAUGAGAAAACAGCAUGAAUUUGCUGCACCAAUUGUGAGUUUCUGGUGUCC